ACUGUUUCGUCUGUUCUUCAUCUGAUAAUAAAACAACGGUACUGUGCGGAUUUUAUAACAUUGGAGAUUGAACCAAAGAGAGGAGUUGAGAUAAAAUGACGGGAAAAUCUGUGAAAGACAUUGACAGAUAUCAAGCUGUCCUCACAUCCCUGCUUGCUUUAGAAGAAAACAAAUAUUGCGCCGACUGUGAAGCCAAAGGUCCUAGAUGGGCAUCCUGGAAUCUUGGAAUCUUCAUCUGCAUCCGAUGUGCUGGCAUCCACCGGAAUCUUGGUGUUCACAUAUCCAGGGUCAAAUCUGUAAACUUGGACCAGUGGACCCAGGAACAAAUUCAGUGUGUACAGGAAAUGGGUAAUGCUAAGGCCAAACGGUUGUACGAGGCCUUUUUACCAGAGUGCUUCCAGCGACCAGAGACUGAUCAAGCAGCAGAAGUAUUUAUUCGGGACAAAUAUGAGAAAAAGAAAUACAUGGACAAGUGUAUUGACAUCCAAGCCUUCAGGAAAGAGAAAAACAGUGAUGCAGUCACAAAAGAAGCACCUGUUGUUUUUGAAAAGAUGAAGCCGAAGAAAGACGACUUACAGCAGUUGAAGAACACCACACCCAAACAGUCGCAGUCUGUGAAUGACCUGUUAGGCCUCGAUGCUCCGGCCCCCCGUGCAGCCGUAUCUAAGGGCGGACCCAGCCCUGAGCUGACCCCUGCUCUGGACCUCUUCAGCUCUCUGCCUGCUGCCAGCUCCAGCUCUGCCAAGAGCACGCCCGGCUCUGGGUCCAUGCCUACGGGUCGUGUGGCAGCAUCAGUACCAGAGAACCUUAGUCUGUUUCUGGACCCAGCGCCAAAGCCCGAGGAAAGCGGGAAGAAAAUGUCCAAAGACUCCAUUCUCUCUCUCUACAGCAGCGUCACGCCCCAAGCUAACAUGGCCGCACAUGCUGGGAUGUACAUGGGCCAGGCUCAGAUGGGAUAUGGCACCGCAGCAGGAUACGGCCAGUACCAAGCGCUGGCUGCCCAGGGGGGGAUGAUGGGCACAAUGAUGGCCCCACAGAUGGGUAUGAUGGGACAGCCAGGCGUCAUGGCCCAACCGGGCAUGGCUGCCCCCACUCCUUACAUGGCAGGAGUGCAGGGGGGCAUGAUGGGAGUGCAGAAUGGCAUGAUGGGAGGUGUGGCAGGACUGCCUCAGCAGGCAUAUGGAGUGCCGCAGUCUCAGCAGCUACAGUGGAACAUAGCUCAGAUGACCCAGCAUAUGGCAGGCAUGAAUUUUUACGGUGCCAACAGCAUGAUGGGAUACAGUCAGCCCAUGGGUGGGGCAGCAACUCCUGGCUCCAGUCAAAUGCUUGGGUCACAUGUAUGGAAGUGAUUCCACAGAGAAAGAGAGAGAGAGAGAGAGAGGAACGGCUUGAGCUUUGGAGAGUGCAUACGGACUAAUAAACAGAGAGAGCAGAGAAGAGUUUGUAUUUUCUCUUCAUUAGACAUUUUAGAGACUUUGGUGGGAACCUGGCGGAGGGGGUCGACGUUAUAUUUGGAAAAAAAAAACUGAGGGGAAAAACAUUUGGAUCUCCUCCAUUUUCAUAGCCAUUGUCAUAUGCUUGCCUUCAGACACUGAUAUCAUACAUACACGCACGCACGCACACGCACACGCACAUGCGCAUUACACACACACACCCUCGUGUACACAGGGCUUUAAGGUCACAGCAGAGAGAAACUAUCAGUUUGGGACCUAUCACAUAACUACAUACCUCACUUUUGGACUGUACCCUACCUGCUGCUCUGGACCUGUCUGCUUUCUUUACCUCCCACCCCCACUGUCUUCACUCUCAAAUUACCCGAAAAGGUCAAAGGUACUAGUGUUGCAUGUCUAUGCUUUUGCCCCUUUGUGUGAUUUGUGGUAAUGCACUUUUCUCUCCAAGCUCAUCAACAAGCAGACAUUUAUAAAUCCUUCAUCACUGAGGCAUUAUGUCUAAUAACCCAUGUUAUGAUUCUGUAUACUCAUGUUAUUACUGUUAGUUCCCCCUGCAUAAGAAGUAAAUAAACAUGUUCAAACAUAAGAUUAAUCAUCAUUAAUCUAUAAGGCCCUUUUUUAUGAGGUGGUAGUUAAUUUACAUGUAUACAUGUAGUUCUCUGCCCUCCACAUGACGCGUUAUGAAGCGUUGAGGAAUUAUAAAUGCCUGCUUAAUUGAAGUGUUAAAAUUGCCCUGAACAUUUUGAAUGUCCGUUACCUUGUCAGAGAACUGUUGCGGUUGGAUUCUUACGGUCCAGUGGCUGAAGUCACUGUUUGUCUCUGUGUGGUGUAAUACAGGGUACAGCUGCCGGUCAUGUGUUCUCAUCCUCAGAGUCUGGGUCUCUCACAGUCUCUCAACUCAGGAGUCUGUAAAGAUGCAGCCCAUCUGGAGCUGUCUCCUCUCUUUUUAAAGCUCACAUUGAAACAUCUCUAAAGAGCCAAAGAUAUGACGUACCUGACCUAGAAUGAUACAUUUAACAUCAAUGUACAUGCUCCUGCAAAAAAAAAACAAAUAUAUAUAUCUGAUCAUUUUUGUAUGUUAUACUAAUGAAUGUUUCCUAAUGAAAAUGGCAUGGAUGUAUCAAAACUGUAAGUGAGUGUAAGUCUAACUCUUACUACCUUUGUGGAUUGUAUCUGCUGUGAGCUGCUUUGUUUUUCUAAUCACUCAGCAGUGGUUCUUUAAGGCUGCUGUUCCAGGUCAGGGGUCCCAGUGGCUUUCGUAUCAACCAGUCACUGUGGUCUGAUUGAAAAGCGCACACACCUGUUUCCCAGGUUAUGGAAAAACAAAACAAAAAAAACAGCCUCUAAUUAUGAGGCGAGGGCAAAAACCACAGGAUUCCCAACAUCCAGAAACCCUGAAGAACCCUGAUGUGCAAUUCACAGUGAAAUGCUCAACUGUCGUGAGGACUGUCGCUGAUAAGUGUCAGAUGAACUGUUUGGGGGGGGCAGGGUUAUUACAGUUUUAACAGAGUUUUGUGUAGUAAUUUUUACACACAUCUGUUCAGGACCAUCUUUCCAUCUCUGUGGACUGAGACCAAAUGAAUGUCUCUUUUUAAUGCUCUGCUUUUUGUCACAGAUCUCUGUACAAAUGUCAGUUGACCCACUGAAUGUUUUUUUUUGUUUGUUUUUGUUGUUGUUUUGUUUUUUUCGAGCAGACAGGGUUACAUCACAUUCGCUGCCUAUUUAGGUUAUCACAAACAGGAAUUAAUCUUAGCCACAGGAACAGAGCGGGUGAAGGGGCUCUCCUUAGCUGACAUUUCAGCCUAAUUUAGUGACGAAUGAAAGCAGCCUGUACUGUUCUUCAUUAGGUCACAUAACCAUUCAACUCACUGCAUGCUUUUCAAAUGGUAGUCAUAGAGACACUUUUAAUAUACUCUUUGAUUUCUCACUGCAAGGUAAACUAGAGGUGUGUAAGAUUGGGUAAAGAGCAGAACAGGCCCGGCUACCAUAAAAGGACAGCCCUCCUGAUUUAUCCGCUCUGCAGUGUUUUAUGAACCGUCGCGUCCAGACACUGAGAACUAAUACUGAUCAUCAGAUUUAGAGCUGCAUGCACUUCUUUUAUGUCAUCAGUUCUCUCAUGUGAAAGGGCUCAAAUCAGCCCCUCUGUGGAGUAGUUAUCUCAGUCUUGGUGUGUCUGUCCCCUGGUGCUGAAUGAAGGUCAAAUCAGUGGGAGGUGUCCUCACUGUCGAGGAUUAUGUGGUAAUGAAUAGAUCUGAUCGUUUCCAUGUAUCCUCAAACAUUCACAGAAUGGGUUAGUGUUUAUACACUUCUGUAAUUUUUAUCUUGUAUAAUCAGUAUCGUUCUAAAGACUCACUGCUACUGUUUCAGGCUUGGCAUGUUUUGAUUUUGUGUGUGUGU